GAUAGGGGCAGAUAGAGACAGCAUGAGGGUAGAGGGUAGGACAGGGAGAGCUGGGGUGAAAUAAACAAGAGGUAAGAUGAAGAGGAGGUCUGACUGUGAAUAGGUGGAGGAUCUCAGCAGACCAGGGGCUGGGAGAGGAGCUGUCAGGAGGAAGGUGCUGCAGGUAACUAUUAAGGGAGGAGAUGCACUGAGACAGGGGGUGGGACAGACGCCUGCACACAGAGACUGUCCCUGCCUCCCCCACACCGCCAGAGACCUCUCACCAUACACAGGGACCCUCCUCCCUCCCCACUGCACACACAAGGGAGACCCUCCUUCCAAACCUAGGGGGCUCACUACCCCAUUAUUAUUACAUAGACAGGGGUGCAUGGCAGAGAUUACACAUACAGGAGGCAGACACAUUCACACAUACACACCCCCUUCACACACACACACACACACACACACACACACACACACACACACACAUACACACACUGCCACUCUGCCGUCUAAUGCCACAGCUUCUGAUUUAGCAUCUCUCCUGCUCCCCUCUACACCACCCCCGCCCCUCUCUCCCUCCCCUCCUCUGGGAAGCAAGAAAAAGAGGAAAAGAAAGGGAGAGGGGAGACAAAGGAGGAUUGGGGAAGAAGGAGAGAAGGGGGGGACAGCGAGGGGAGAGAGGGGUGUUAGGGUGCCAACAAAAAUACAGUGAGGGAGAAAAGGAGACGGUUCUGGCAGGUGGAAAUCAGACAGGCGCCUGGGAGCUAGAUAUCUGAGACGGCAGAGACAGCCUGAGACGGCAGAGACAUCUGAAACAGAAGCUACAUCAGAGGCAGCCUGGGACAGAAGCGACAUCAGAGACAGCCCGGGACAGAAGGGACAUAAGAGACAGCCCGAGACAGAAGGGACAUCAGAGACAGCCCGAGACAGAAGGGACAUCAGAGACAGCCCGAGACAGAAGGGACAUCAGAGACAGCCCGGGACAGAAGGGACAUCAGAGACAGCCCGGGACAGAAGGGACAUCAGAGACAGCCCGAGACAGAAGCGACAUCAGAGACAGCCCGGGACAGAAGGAACAUAAGAGACAGCCCGGGACAGAAGGGACAUCAGAGACAGCCCGGGACAGAAGGGACAUCAGAGACAGCCCGGAACAGAAGGAACAUCAGAGACAGCCCGGGACAGAAGGGACAUCAGAGACAGCCGCAGCCAGUCGCUCCAUCGCCGCUCGGGAUACGGUGACAGCAGAGACGGCUGCAGAGACAUGUGCCGUCCGUCCCGUGUGCGGAGAUCGCCCGGCACCUGCUCACCUUGACUGCGACUCGGGGAGUGGAGUAUAAGCCCCGGAGCCGCGCAGCCCCCGGUUAGAAUCGGUGAGGACCGCUGCACCCCAUCCCCUCCAGCGCCUGCAGGAGAGAUCUUUAAACCGAGGAGCUUCAUUUUAGGAUCCGAGCCUCUUGUGAUUCGGGGUCCCGGGACUUGCACCAUUUUACCUUUCAUUUUCUCCCAUUUUUAGGGUAACUGUAAAUUCUGCUGAUUUUUUAUUCAUUAACGGGGGUGCAUUCCGCCUACACCCUGCAUUUUAUGUUAAAGGGGUUUCUCUAAUGACCUCCUCACUGCCAUAUCUUUAGGACUCCUCCAUUGUCUGCAUUGAUACUUCAGACCCAUAUCAGUGCUUUUUUUGGGUAACCAAGAACCCCCCUACAUUCUACUAGUGUCCUAUACCUUUGGGGGGCUCAGCCCCCCUCGCUUCCUAAUUCCCACCUUUCCUCUCUCAACACCAUGAAGCCUUUGGAGAAAUUCUUAAAGAAGCAGAGCUCCCACCUCUCAGGGCCUAGACACCUGCAUAGGAGGCAAAGUGUUUCCAAAAUCAUACCCUCCUUCCUGAGGGAUUCGCCUGGUGAUUCUUCUGGAGGAGAGAGGUGUGAAGAAGACCCCAGUGGAGCCCCACCACCUCCACAAGACUGCUUGGAGCUACCAGAUGGCCUGCGCUCCCCACUUUCCUUCUCAUCAGAUGAACUGUCCCCCUCAGAACCUCUCACUCCUCCUCCAGGAUCUGGUGGCUGGACUUUUACCCCUCCUGGACCUCUACUUGCCCCUGAUACACCUGAGGCACUUCUGGGGAGAGUCCUGGAUCAGUUGCUGACAGCCCCCAGACUGAGUGAUGCUGCUGAGUUAGCCCUGGAUGAUUUUAUCUUGACGCACACUCUGUUUCUGCCCACGGACGAGCUUCUUCUCCACUUACAGCAAUAUUUCUGCGGCUGCAGUCGACACUCUUCUCCAGCCUGGGAGGGGAGCGAUACCCUGCAGAAAAAGCAGGCUGUCCUCUGUGCGCUCCUGCAUCUCCUGGACACCUACAAGGAUUCUUUGCAAGAGGAGGAGAGGACCUUCCAGUUAAUCAAGGAUUUCUAUGUCCUUGUUAUGCGAGAUGCCCCAAGUUUCCCACAGCUGGAGGGAACUGUAAUUCGGCUGCAUCGACUGGUGGAGACUGCGGAGCUCAGGCUUACAGACGGCAGCGCAGCUCCCUGCUCUAAGCAAGUCAAGCCUCUCUUCCGCCAUUUCCGAAGGAUUGAUUCAUGUCUUCAGCCCAGAGUGGCAUUCAGGGGGUCUGAUGAGAUCUUCUGCAGGGUUUACAUGCCUGAUCACUCUUACGUGACUAUCCGGAGCCGCCUCUCUGCGUCCGUUUCUGACAUCCUGACCUCCGUGUCAGAGAAACUGCAAUACUCAGAGGAGCAAGGGCAGAGAGAAGAGCCACUCAUCCUGGUGGCUGUCACCAGUGCUGGGGAUAAGGUUCUCCUGAAGCCGGAUGAUGGCUGCAUCUUCACCACCCUGGGGAUUAACAGUCACCUAUUUGCCUGCAAUCGGGAGGAGCUGCGUUCUUUGGUGCCGCUACCAGAGGAGGUCCAGCUACCCCCAGAGGAUUCCCAUAUUCACCGCAUCGAGGCCGAGGAUUUAGCCAAUCACCUUAGUGCUUUUCAUUGGGAACUUUUCAGCUGCGUGCAUGAGCUGGAGUUUGUGGACUACGUGUUCCACGUGGAGAAAGGACGCAGAGAGACGGCCAACCUAGAGCUGCUGUUGCAGCGUUGCAGUGAGGUGCAGCACUGGGUCAGCACACAGACGCUGCUCUGCGAAGGGCCAGCUCGGAGAACACAGCUCCUCAAGAAAUUUAUCAAGACGGCCGCCAUAUGUAAACAGAACCAGGACCUCCUCUCCUUCUUUGCCAUAGUCAUGGGUCUGGACAACGGAGCCGUGAGCCGUCUGCGGGUCACUUGGGAGAAAUUGCCAGGGAAGUUUAAGAACCUGUUUCGGAAGUUUGAGAAUUUAACGGACCCAUGCAGGAAUCACAAGUCUUACCGUGAGAUGGUGACUCGGAUGCGUCCCCCGGUGAUCCCCUUCAUUCCUCUCAUUCUGAAAGAUCUCACUUUCUUACACGAAGGCAGCAAAACCUUCAUUGAUGGGCUUGUGAACGUUGAAAAGAUGCAUGCAAUUGCCGAAAAAGUUAGAACUGUGCGGAAAUACCGGAGCAGUCAACUAAGGCUGGAGACCGAUGUAUCCCCCAAUCACUUGCAGAAUAAGGCGUAUGUCCGUCAGUUCCAAGUCAUUGACAACCAGAACCUUCUCUUUGAGUUGUCCUACAAGCUGGAGCCGAACGCGCAGUGACAGGAACCACAGAACAGCCGAGAGUGCGCACGGUGCCGGGAACCAUGGAACCGCAGAGGAUGCGCACCGCGGAGUGCAAACUGCAUGCCCUGUACAUAGGACUGCUGUGCUGGCAGUAGAGUAAAGGAUAAUGUAUGUGCCGUGUCAUGUGUGCAGAUAUUAGAGCGGUAGAGAACAUACGUGUAAUGCAGUGUAAGGAAGGAUACUGCAUACUAAAGCACUGAGGGGUCCGAGGCUUGGCCCCCGAGUAUUUGUACACAGGGGCCGGUCAGAUCUCCGACAUAAACUGUCCGACGCUGCCACUCCAUGCGCAACUGGAAAAGCAGACUUCAUAUCAGCGGGGACUGACGUGGCUUUCAGUCGUGUCGCAUUCAUCAGAUGAAAAUCAGUGGGGUAUUUUUGUAAUUAGAUUACAUGUACAGUACGAUUCGUGAUAUUUUCUUAUAGGGGAGCCUUGCACUGGAAAGAAGACUAUAUAUGUGCUUACAUAUAUAUAUAUAUAUCUAUCUAUAUAUAUAUAUACCUGACAUAACUGGAAUAAAUGUAUACACAACCAUAUGUAUGCAAAUAUCUACAAAUGUCUACAUGCAAAUAUAUAUAUUACAUACCAUAAUUUACACACACACACACAUAUAUGUGCACAUAGACAUAUGUAGUGUAUAUACAUACAUAGAAGUAUAUAAAUAGAGAGAAAACAUAUACAAGAUUAGUUUGCAGAAUAUAAGGAUGAUAGGAAAGUAAGAAAUGUUGAUUUUCUAUAGCUAAGCGAGUAUUUUUUUUAUUCAGACUAGUGAUAUUUUCACUACUUGUGAUAUUGCACAUGUACACACGCACGCACGCACACACACAUACAUACAUAUAUAUAUUCAGGAAUCCUUGCUGUAUACAAUAUGUGAUGUACAUAAAAUUGUCAGUAUAUUGUCUGAAGUAUUUAAAUAACAGAAUAUUCUUUCUCUUUCUGCCCUGUGAACAAAAUUGUGCGUGUGUAUAUACACAAAUACACAUGCACACGCGUCGGAUACAGGUCUAUGUAUAUAUAUAUGCGUGUGUAAGGAAUACACACGCUUAUUACUGGCUGUGAAUAUAACAGCAAAGUUGUGGCAAGGACUGAACCCGUCUGGACGGGUGUCAAGAAGACAAAUCAGAAGAUGGAUGAGUGUAAAGGUUUUGUACCGAGAGGAAUGUGUACAUUUUUUUUUAUAUAUAUGUGUAUAUUUGGGUUUAUAUGGCAGAAAAUUCAGCACUUAAAGGGGCAGUCAGGCCUAUGGACAUACAAUGUAGAGGCAAUAAAGGGAAAUCACUCAGCCAUUAAACAGUGUUUACAGCUU